GUUGCAUUCACACAAGACUAAGAUAUUAUCUUUAUUUCCUUACAGAUAUUUCCACCCACCUUUGGACACAUUGACCAUGGCUCUGGUUUCAGCUUCAGUCCUCUUGGUCCUUGCUGUGAUGGUGCAGGAGAGCUUUGGGAUUGCCAGGCCUGGAUGCCACCUUCAUCCAUUUAAUGUCACCAUCAGUAGUGACCGUAAAGGGACCUGCCGAGGGACCCAGGUUAUCAAUGCGUGUGUGGGUUAUUGUGAGUCCAGUGCUUUUCCAUCCAAGUACUCUGUGUUGGUGGCAAGUGGAUUCAAACACAAUAUAACAUCAGCAUCACAAUGCUGCACCAUCAGCAAGAUGCAAAAGGUCAAAGUUCAGCUGCACUGUGGUGGGUCCCACCAAGAAGAGAUUGAAAUUGGUACAGCCCUAUCAUGCCAAUGUGACAUGUGCCGUUUGUCUCGAUAUUAACACACACACAAGCAGUCAAAUUACAAUGAUGUAGUAGCAGUCAACUUGACUCCCCCUUGAGAAAAAGACCCUUUCCCUCAUGAAAUAAAGGGAACAAAGUUUGCCCAGGUGCAGUAACCCAUAGCAACCACCAAGAUGUAGGAAGCAUAUACUAGCAAAUGCUUCUAAACAAGUGACCAGAAAAUACCACCUGCUAACUGGUUGCUAUUGACGACUAGGCCUGUAGCAAAGUUUGUGCCAUUUAUUAAAUAACCCUGUUUAUUUAUAAUGAACACACUGUAACGCUAUUUAUAGUCUGAUACUUGGUAGAGUUUGUGAAAAUUUGAUCCUAUGUUAAAUUUAUUUUAUUUAUUCUUAAUAUUGCGUUGUCUUUAAAAUAAAAAUCAACAUAUUUAAAAAACUAUGCAUGUAUGUGUUUUUGGCUCGUUUUUCUUUCUUCAGUUCAAAAUUCAAUUACCCUAUGUUCUCCAGUUGCCUACUGUUCUCUUCCAUUCUUAACACAUAGCGGCUAUGGUAGAAAGAGUUCUAUCGAGUGCCUGGUGAGACUAACCCAAUGUACGGUAAUAAAAAACACAAAGCUUGCCCAGGUGCAGUAACCUGUAGCAUCCAAUACUUUUUAAACAAGUGACCAAUAAAUGCCACCUGCUAACUGCUUGCUAUGGGUGA